GGAGACCUCGAGAACGACGUGGACACGCCCGCGGAGCCGGCCUGGAAGGCGCAGCUCGAGAAGGGCCUCGAGCGCCUGCGGCACUGCGAGGCCGUGGGCGCUGCGCUGCGCGCGGCGGUGCACCCGUCGUUCGAGGCGGCGACGGACGACCUGCGGGAGCUCGGCCCGGAGCAGGUCAAAGCUCUGCGCGAUGAGCUUCUCAAGCUCGAGAAGGUUUCCAACGUCGCCAAGGCUUUGGCUGUCUUGAAGGAGGGACGUCCGCGCCAUGAUCGACCAGAGCGCCCUGCUGGCCCUGCGCGCCGCGGAGCAGGCCCGCCUGGAGACUGCGCUCGCGGGCUCCUCGCGGACGAUCGCGCCGGCCGCCCAGGCGACCCGGCGAGGCGGCGGAGCUCUGGCCGCCGCCUCGGGGCAUCAGCCCGACCAGGCCCCAGCGGACGGCGCCGCCUUGGGCGCGCUGGUGCCUGCAGCGGGGUCGGGCGGCGACGGCGCGGCCGCCGCGGCGGCCACGGGGCAGCAGGGCGACCCGCCUGCGGCGGACGGCGCGGCCUUGGGCGCGCUGGUGCCGGCGGCAGUGCCUCAGGCGGAGCCCGCUGCGGAGGGCGGGCAGAUCGUCCCUGCGGCGGCGGCUGGGGCAGACAGCAGCGCCCUCGCGCCCGCGCCGGCGGCCAGCGGGGAGGCGCCGUCGUGCGCGAAGGAGGCACGCGCCGCGGCGGAGGAGCAGCACAGGGAGGCGGAGCGGGCGUGGCGGCAGCGGCUGCGCGAGGGGCUCCGCGAGCUGAAGGGCCGCGACUACAUCCGCGUCGCCCUCAAGGUUGCCGCGCCGUCGCUGCUGAACCCGGAGGACGACGCCCUGGAGGCUCUGACGACCGACAGCGUCAAGAGGCUGCAUGACGAAUUUGCUCGGCUACAAGAGCAAGCCGAAAAGGGCGGUGUGCAGCCACGGGCACUCGUACGCGCCAUGCAGCAGUUGUACCUCGCCGAGUCGUGUCGGGACGCGUCGCUGUCGCUCAGCACCGAGACCGCGGACGAGGAGGCCCUCCGGCAGCUCACGGAGCGUACGGAGGAGUUCGCGCCCGCCCUGGAGGCGAUGAGGACCCUGGCGGUGGACAAGGCCAUUUUCGCCCACCUUGCCGACGCCGACGAGGAGGCGAACGAGGAGCACGCUUCCGAGGCGGACGUCGACGAUUUGGACUACGAGCGCGAGCUCGUCAGCCGGCAGGACUCCGGGCUGGUCCUCCCCGACGGCUGGAGGGUGGAGUGGGUGCAGGUCGGCAAGAGGCAGAUGAAGCACUUCAUCGACCAGGACGGCCGCAGGUACACCUCCCACAGACAGGCGCGCGCCGCCCUCGCCGAGCUCGAGGCCUGCCGCGCCGAGGCGGAGCGCAUCGCCGCGGAGAACGCCGCCAGCCUGGCCGCGGCGGCCGCCGCUCCGGACGGCGGGCCCAAGCGCGUGCGGCUGCGCGGCAAGGUCAGCGCGUCCAGCCUCGGGGAGCAGCUCUUCGGCGUCGGCGGCCUCGAGGCGGCCUUCGAGGAGGCCCUCGGCGACGCGCUGGGCGAGGUCCUCGGCCCCGCCGGCGGCGCGGAGAACGGCAGCUGCGGCUCGGGCGCUGCCGCGAAGCCGGGGGCCAAGCAGACCGCCGCGCCGCCGCCCGAGGUGAGGCCGGGCGCGAUGGUCGUGCUGAAGGGGCUGGUCGCCAAGCCCGAGCUCAACGGGCAGCAGGGCCGGCUCCUGGCCCUCCACCCGCAGACGGGCCGGUGGGAGGCGCAGCUCGCCGACCGUUCGAAGGUGAACGUCAGGCCCGCGAACUUCGACGUCGUCGCCCCGCGGGCCCUCGCCCUGGCCGCGAAGGGCCAGCCGAAGAAGAGGCCCGCGGCCUCGCCAGCGCCUGGCGCCCCCGCCAGCAAGGCGCUGGCGGCGGAGGGCCGCGGCAGAGGCCCCGCGGACGAGGAGAUGCCCGCGGCCGCGGCGGCGCCCGGCGCCCCCGCCAGCAAGGCGCCGGCGCCGGCGAGGCGCAGGAAGCAGUGGCACGAGGGCCAGGCCGCCGCCACCUCCGCGGCGGGGGCUCGGCGAGGGGUCCUCGAGGUCGCCAGGGCGAGCGCCGCAGUCAACAGCGGCGCGCCGGUGGCGCCGAAAGCCCCCCGCGGGCCCCGCGGCCUCGGCGCCCUGCCGGAGCACGCGGUCUCCACGGGGGGCCUCCAGAGGCGGAGGUCGUCGCAGAGCCCGCUGGGGCAGGCCAGGGGCCACACCGCCAGCAGCCUCAACGUGGACCUGCGGAGGCAGGAAACCGACCGCAUCAACCGCGACAACGAGAGGCUGCUGGAGCGCCUGCGCAAGACGCGGCCCGAGGUGCCGAGCAGCAAGCUGCUCCGCAUGCACUCGGAGGAGUGCGGCCGGCUACUGGUGAUGUCCUCGGUCUCCAAGCGGCUCUCCGGCGGCUGGGACGAGGAGAAGUCGCGCCUCGGCAUCGGCGACGCCGACGGCGAGAGCAGCCCGCCGUCGCCGAUCCUCGGCCCGCAGCACGACCGCGGCCACCACCCGGGGAGUCCGUACGCCCGGACCCUGCGGCCGCCGGCGCCGCCGCCGCAGCGGCGCGCCGGCAGCAGGCCCUCCAGCGCGGGGGCAUCGCGGCCCGCGAGCGCGCGGUGCCCCGCCAGCGCGCGGUGGCGGGAGCACGUGCGCCGCAGGCUCCAGUUCGAGUGA